GAAACUUCACAAACAACACUGCAAAUAAAUACAACAACCACUGGGGACCAUGGAGAACCAGUCCACAGUGCAGUUGAAUCUGGAGUUGGGCCACAGAGCUCAGCUAAAGGAGAAAGAAACAUCAGAAAGCUUCACCCACGACUGGACAAUCUUCGUCCGAGGGCCAGAGACUGGCGACAUCCAGCAGUUGGUUGAGAAAGUUGUUUUCCAUCUGCAUGAUGGAAAACCCAAGAGAGUAUGUAAGGAGCCGCCAUACGAAGUGGAUGAGUCAGGCUCUACAGGUUUCCUCGUGCAUGUUGAGGUUCACUUCAAGAACAAGGUACAACCAAAAAAGAUGUGUUUCAAAUAUGACCUAUUCCUUAACCCAGAGGGCAAACCUGUAGACCACCUGCGCUGUGAGACACUCACCUUCAACAAUCCCACCAAGGAAUUCAGGAGAAAGCUGAUCAAAGCAGGAGGGGCAGUAAAGGCGGUUCCAGAGGGGGCUGAAGCUGUGUCAAGACCAAGUCCAGACUGCCCAAUGCCCCCCACCAAAAAGAUCAAGAUCUUUCAUGUGUCAGAGAAUCAGAGUAAAGAAGGAAGCGGUGACAGAAGCGAGUCCAAACUACCUGACCAAGGAGCACUGUGAACAAUCCCAAAAAGACUGGCACAGUCAAACCCCCAUUCAUG